AUGUAUAUCAGCUGUAAGAGCUAAGAGCUGUAAAUAUUUGUUUUGAUUCGAACAAAAAAUAUGAUUUAGAAUAUUAUUGCUAUUUCUGAGAGUACAAUAUCGACUACGAUACUCAGUGUGUUAAAAGUUAAACAUAUUUUGCAGACAAUGGCUAAAUCUACUAAAACCUCUUGGCAACAAGGACUUGUUAAAAGAAUGAACGAUCCUGAUGCAGUAGUCACUUCUGAUGAUUUAGUAACAGUGAUUAACGACUUAUUUCCUAAAGCAGAGGUACACUGGUUAGUCUUGCCCAAAGAAAACAUUAGUUCCCUGACAGGAUUAAAAAAGGAUCACAUAGACUUAUUAAGACAUAUGAAAAGAGCAGCUCAAACAGCUAUUAAGGAGGAAGGACACACAGAUAAAAAAUUCAAAAUGGGAUUCCAUGCCGAACCUAGUAUGUCCAGGUUGCAUAUGCAUGUUAUUAGUGAUGAUUUCAAUUCCAUGUGUUUAAAACAUAAAAAGCAUUGGAAUUCAUUUACAACAGAUUUUUUCUUGAAACCAGAAGAUGUAAUAGAAAGUUUAGAAACCCAUGGAAAAGUUUGUAUACUUACUCCAGCUCAAUGUAAGACUCUUAUAGCAGCUCCCCUGAAAUGCCAUAAGUGUGACUAUAAGCCAAAAAAUAUGCCGGAUUUGAAGAAACAUAUUUUAUCACACAUAUAAACGAAUAUUUAUUAUUUUAAAUUAUUGUAUAUUAUACUUUGUAUUUGUACCGUGAUACCAACUUUAGAAAAAAUAAUAAAAACUGAAUACAUA